AUGAGGGGAAGACACGACCAUGAAGCAGGGCCUUCCCACCGACGAACACCUUCUGCAACUUUCAGCUCCGACCCACAUCCGGAUUGGAGGACCUACCUUGAGCCAGCGAGACGUUCCGUUUCGCUCAGUUCAUCGCCUUCCUACCACAACUCCUUUGGACCUCAACAGGAAGAUGAGCCGCAGGACUCACACCACUCGCACCACUCAUUGCAGUGUUCGGGUUCUCAUCAUUCAUUCCAGAACCCCACACCUUACUUUCAGAGUCGUUUCAACCCGAUCGACCAAAAUGACGAACCAAUGGGUCAUAACCCAUUGGGGCCAGCAGACCACUUUCCUGAGUACCAGGACAUGGAUUUGGACGAUGGUCCAGAUCCCGCCAUGCCACCUUCUGGGAUGCCUACGCAUCCCAUAGAAAUUUCAAGCGGAUCUUCUUUUGCAGGUUCACCAUAUAGAGGCCCCGACAUAUGGGCCGAAAGGUGGAGCACUUAUAAAUGGGAGUUUAUUCCCCCUCAUCACAACUCACCUCCACAACAACAGGUUCCCUCUAAGGACCCACACUUUCAGGCGGUCACACCACCGCCAGCACCAGAGCCGCCUCCGCCGCCAGAACCGUCGAGGCGAAGAAGAACUACACGGAUGUCCGUGCGAGGGGGUUUUCAUUUGAGCACCCCCCAACAUUCCAGCAACUAUCCUCCUAUCUAUGAAGACCCACAAAUGGGCGAGCCUUCAAACGCCGUUUCUGAAGUCGACUCUGCACAAGUCGCACCUGCACCACCACCCAUGGGUUAUGAAAACCCAAUUCCAUCCUACCCAGAUGCAGCUGGGUACAACCCGUUUGAGCCACAAGCUUACUCGGUUAUAACUAUCAUGCACCUGCCGUCGACCAUAUGUCGAGGCAGCAAACUUUAA